AAAAACUCAGCUGUCGAGUGUCGUAACUUGUCAACCUAAAAAGCUGUUCUGUUUGGAUUUUUAGGGAAAACUUUCAACUCUCAGGUCCAAUUUUCAAGAGUUAUAAGUUUAACUAACAGUUACUUUUAUCCUAAGGAAACAGCCGCUGCGAUAUUGCAGUGCAUAUCUUGCAUUUGUAUUCAAGUAAAAAUGAAUUAAUUGGAGACUUUUUUAUCAUGGAAUCUCCACCAAGUAGUUUUACUUGGUCAGAGGCUUUGAUAUUGAGUGAGGACAGUGGACUGUUGCUUACAAAUAGUUCAAUAUCGAGCGGUAGCGUGAGUAUGAAUGGAACAAGACAAAUUGAGUUCCAGGAUAGUGACUGUGAAGACAAAUCAUUCUCACAAUAUGAUUCUUUAGAUGGAAUGUCAGAUAUUAUAUGCGGUGAAAACUUCAACACUUUGAAAAAAGGAUCUCAUUGGACUGAAUCAUUGAAACAAUCAUCGCCAAUAGAACCUCCUCCAGAAUUUCAAGACAAGCCUCGAAAAUUUUUCAUGGAGAUUGCAAACUGGUAUGCACAUAGUGUGUCUAAUCAAAUCAUUUUGAUAGCCAUGACGGAACUGAGAGAAAAUUAUUUGAGGAAACUCAGGUUAAUUAAUCACCUUCAAAGGCCAAUACACUUCACUACCCGUCAUUGCUGGAACUCAGAUCUUCUAACAUACAGUCCUUGUCAUCUUGGGAGACCUAACUCCAGAAGUUCGUUAGGCUCUUCUCGACUAUCCAGUUCCCAUAAUUCCCUUUCAAUUCCCACAGCCCAUAGAGUUGACGAUUCUAGUUUUAUAACGCAAGCUGUAUCUCAUGACACAUUAUCGUCCAAUCAAAUCAGUGAUCUCUACAAUGUACCGUUCGACAGUGACAUGUAUUCCGUGCCAAUAGAUGUUGUAAAACCUACUGUGAGGCCAAGAAAAAACGUCCAACACAGGAGAAAACGAAGAAACACAUCUUAUCAGUACAGAGAAUUGGAAAUGAGGAAUUGUUGUCUCACCUCGAAUUUUUCUAGAAAGGAAUGUAUGAAGACUGAGAAGGAGUUGAGUUAUCAAAAAAAUAAAAAACGACAUAGCUUGGCGGGUACGUCUACAGCGGACGGCGAACCUAUUCACAUGACUCUGGAAGAGGUCCGCCAUUACCUCCACAACCUGUAUUCAAGUUCUUCCGAUUCUUCGGACCACAAAGAGAGACUGACAAAAACCCAACCUCCAAUAAUUUUAACUAAUAACAAUAAGUAUCCGACAAAUACAAAACUUAAAACAAUAUCGGUUAAGGAUGUACAAUGCUUAGAAAGUAGCGUGGUCAAUGAUACCGGUAGUAAUAGUAAUAAUAGAUCUAAGAAAAACACCUUCCUGAUUAAUAUUAAGAACAAAAAAGUGAAAGAUUCCUGUGAUAAUAUCAGCAAAGAAUUAGUUAUAUCGAAUACCGUUGAUAGAAAGGAGGACAAGAAGAAGAGGCCGAACGCCAAAUUUUUCUCGUUCAAGCAAGCCUUAUGUAAUAUUUUUAAGUUUAGGAAAAUUUCAUCGGACAACAGUGAUAAGAAAACCUACUGCAGCAAUGAUAACCUGCAGGGGGAGGGUCAGAACAGAGUCGCCCGAGCUUUGCCACCAUUGCCUUCUAACAAACUGUCGGAGUCGUUGGAUGAACAGCACACUCUAGAUUUUGCCACAAGCAUACAGAGGGUCAAAGAUUACGGAUGGUAUUGGGGACCCAUUUCCAGUGAGGCAGCAGAGAAAAUUUUGUCCAAUGAACCAGAUGGCUCGUUCAUAGUGAGAGAUAGCAGUGACGAUCACUAUAUUUUCUCUUUAACGUUCAAGUUGAACGAUUAUGUUAGGCAUGUACGAAUAGAUCAUGAUCAGGGUAACUUUAGCUUUGGCAGUUGUACAAAGUUUAAAUCUCAAACCAUUGUUGAGUUCAUCGAGAACGCCGUCGAACAUUCACGGAGUGGAAGGUAUUUGUUCUUUUUGCACCGAAGGCCGGUGAUUGGACCGGUCAGGGUGCAGCUGUUGCAUCCGGUAUCUAGGUUUAAGCAGAUUCAAAGUUUACAGCACAUGUGUAGAUUCGUUAUACACAAGGUGGUCAGACGGGAUCUGAUCCCCAGCCUUCCCCUUCCCCGGAGGAUGAUCGACUAUUUGAACACCCCGCAUUACUACUCAGAGAAUCUGAUGGAAAUCGAGGAGAACGUUGAUGAGCAACCGCCCGAACAAUUGAACGAACAAUCAGAACCUGCCGAUGUGAGCACACACAAUCCUGAAGUACCUGCAAAUGACUAUGUCGUAUUAGAUAACAACCUCAGGUCUAACCCCCCGCAACCUAAUCAUCGACCUUGAGAUUUUUGUUGGGUUUAUUUUCUUGUAACAGUGUCCGGAAAGUACCUGCCAACCUAGGGUUGAUGGAAAACGGUCAAGAAUGGAGGUUAUGGAGCAGAGAGAAUUAAUGUUUCGAAUUUGAAAAUUUGUAUGAAUAUUUAUUCUCACCCUAUUUUGCUGAACUGCAAAACACAUCCCUUUUCCUCAGUGUUCAGAAGGUUGGCUUUCAAGGAGAAUGUAUUUCAUUUUUUGAAGUAAAAAAGAGGCUAUUUCUUCUUCACCUUACAGAGAAGUUCCAGAAUGAGUAUCCACAUCUUAGUGUGGAAGAUUGAGUGAUUGAUUUUUAAAAAUUAAGGAUCAUACACUCAUACAUAAACUUCGCAUACUUACCACACUGCUUAAGUCACACCAUACAUUUUCCGUUUAUUUUUUGGAUAUUUAUUAGGAUGAUUGGUUCAAAUUAGCUAAUUAUUCAUUGCAAUACGUAAACGAAUUAUCUAGUCUUUGUAUAUUUAGAAGUAAUGGAAUUAUGCCUGAAAAUUCCUCUAAAAAAAAAUUAUAAUAUUCGAAUUAUUAUAUAUAAUACCUUAUUUUUUGAAAAUUUUCAGAAUUUUCAAUUUUAUAGAGUCCUUAGUCUGGUUAUCCCAUGGUACUUUAAAAUAAUCUCAUCAGAUUGAGAGAUUUAAAGAUUCAGUUCUUUUUAUUAUGAUGGUUGCUUUCUUUCUUGAUUUUUCGAUAUCUAUACAUAGUUUCUAUACUUAUACAGGGUGUUUCACGCAAAGUGUCAUCUAGAAGUAGCUGAAGAAUCAAUGAGAUUUUUUCUGAAAAUUUAUGAAUCAUUAUGAUUGGUCGGGAUCCCCAAAUUUUCAGAAAAAAAAUAAAAUGGUUCUCUAGAUACUUUUGGUGGACACUUCACGUGAAAAAUCCUGUAUAUUUUAUGUAAGGGGAUAUAAGAAAAAUUAUUCAGCAAUAACAAUGCCAACUAUGUGUCACCCAGUGCAAUUCUUUAUGAAAUAAUCUGUUCCUUUUCGUAAUUAGGGAGGUAAUUAUGUAUAUAUAGUAUACUUGUAGUGUACCUUUUUCAAACAUAUCAUGUGUUUUAAGAACUUCCCCGAUGUAUCAGUGAAUUUUUAUAUUUAUGUAUAUUUCCUGUUUUACUUUCAUAGUUUAUUUUACUUAAUGUAACAUCACAUUUGUUCCUUUUCGUUUUGUGUAUUAGUUUCACUAAAGAGAAUUUUUUACAGUUCAUUUCACUAACAUUGAACUUAUGAAGACCUUUUAUAUGAAUAUUUCAGAUUUUGUUGAAUUUAUAAUCCUGGAGAAUCAAUAUAAAUGAUACAGAACUGAUUGGCAUCCAAAAUAUGUAAAAAAUCAUUAAUGUGAUAGAAGCAACAGCUCUGUUCUUGAUUCGGUCUUAGAAAAAAUUAUUGAAAUUCAAAAUUUCGGAUUCUAAAACGAAGUCAAAUAGAAAAAUUCGAAUUUGAACUUUACUUAUGAAGUUCCGCCCAUUUCUAAAUUAUUGAUAAUAAAUUUUUAUGAAACUGCAAA